UAGAAUCAAACGUCUGAAUGAUAUAGACGAAAAAAAAAGAUAUUUUCAAUCAUUUACAAAAUAUUCAAUUGAAAAAACAACAAGCAUUCCUAAAAUAUUUUCUUGUUAUUUUGCUGCAUAUUUAGUAGAUCUACUGUUAUUUAUUUUUAAGUAGGGUAGUUAUUUAUGCUGCAAAUUCACCGUCUAGACGUUUGUUUGACAAGACUGAAACUUCCGGAUGCUACAGAUACUUUCCUGAAUAAAAUGAGUUAAACAUAGAAAGCAGAUAGUGUUACAAUGAGUUGGAAUCCUUUCAGUCGUCACGGGGGAGCAAAGAAAAGUGUUGUGUCUCGUCAGGAAGAGAGAGAACUUGAAAGAGAAGUGAAAAAAUUAGAUGAAUUGGAUGAAGCAUCAAGGAGACUUUACAAAGAUGGUAGGAGGUAUAUAGAUGCAAAUAAUGGGUUAGGAAAGGCUGAGAACAAGAUUGUACAAGACUUGAUGAGCAGUGGGAUCUGUCAGACAGACGAACAGUUUCAGCGACAUAUACUUACAUGGGAGAGGGCCAUCGAGGAUCUAGGCAGAUAUAGACAGGAACUGAAUACCAAUAUUCAGAAAACUAUGGUAGAACCAAUGAAAAAAUUUAGUGGUGUAUUUCCUAGUGUUCAAAGUGCAAUAAAGAAGAGGGAGCAAAGUCUGCAGGACUACACCAGAACUCAGGCCAAAUAUAACAAGUACCAGGAUAGAGAUAGGACUGGACAAAACAUUGUCAAGUUAGAUACUAACAAGAAAGCCCUUGACACUGCAAGAGAUGAGUUUAAAUCACAAGAUGUUGCUGUAAGACAGGAUCUACCACGUCUGAUAGAUGGCAGGUUGGAAUACUUUAAACCCACGUUUGACGCACUUAUUCGUUCACAACUCAACCAUAGUACAGAAGCCUUUAAAACAUACGCUGAAGUUUCCUCGGAGCUGUUUCUCGAUUCAAAACUAACAGAAAGUGAGCGUAAAGACAGGAUCAAUCAGACAUUAAGUGAUAUGAAAGCGUUGUCAAUAACAGUUGAUGAUUAAGUCUUUACUUAUGUGAUUUAUGUACUUAAUUUGUCUACAGCUUUAAAUACAGAGAAAUCCAUUGUUAGCUUGAGGUAUUUCAAAAUUAGUAUUGUACUUUGUGAUUUUGAGAGAUUUCAGAUUUGAAUUCAGACCUGUAUAUUGUGAUAUUUGAAAGAUUUCAGGGUUUAAUUUGGACAUGUCCAUUGCAGGUUUAAGGGAUUUUAACAUUUAA